AUGGAAGGUGGCAGCGGCAAGGCGGAUGGCCUGGGACGCACCUUGUGCGUGCUGACCGGGGCCUCCCGCGGCUUCGGCCGGGCGCUGGCAACGCUCUUGGCCCCUCUGCUCUCGCCCGGCUCCGUGAUGGUCCUAAACGCCCGCAACGAUGAGGCGCUGCGUCAGCUGGAGGCGGAGUUGGGCGCGGGGCGGCUUGGCCUGCGUGUGAUGAGGGCGCCCGCCGACCUGGGCACGGAGGCCGGCCUGCAGCAUCUGCUCGGUACCCUACGCGAGCUCCCCAAGCCUGAGGGACUGCAGCGACUGCUGCUUAUCAACAAUGCAGCCACUCUUGGGGAUGUGUCCAAAGGCUUCGUGGACCUGGCUGACCCAGCUGAAGUGAACAGCUACUGGGCUCUGAACUUGACCUCCAUGCUCUGCCUGACCUCCGGCAUCCUGAAGGCCUUCCCCCAGAGUCCUGGCCUCAGCAGGACCGUGGUUAACAUCUCAUCCAUCUGUGCCCUGCAGCCCUUCAAGGGCUGGGCACUGUACUGUGCAGGGAAGGCUGCCCGUAACAUGAUGUUCCAGGUCCUGGCCGCAGAAGAACCUACUGUGAGGGUGCUGAGCUAUGCCCCAGGUCCCCUGGACACAGACAUGCAACAACUGGCCCGGGAGACCUCUGUGGACCCAGAAUUACGACAGCGGCUGCAGGCCCUGAAGACAAAGGGGGAGCUAGUAGACUGUGGAAUGUCAGCCCAGAAACUGCUGAGCUUGCUUCAAAAGGACACAUUUAAGUCUGGAGCCCAUAUUGACUUCUAUGAUAAGUAAGCCCCUGUGCUUGCCUCCCUGGGCCUUCCUGUCCCGCUUACAGGCACACCCCAGAAACCCCAUGGCUCCUCACAUCCUGCCACAGUGGCAUCACCAGUCCUGCCUUAAGUAGAUAGGCACUCAUGCUUGCUGUCCUGCCUUCAGACACAGCCAGCUGUGAGGGCCCGUGCUUACUAGUUCUCAGGAGUCUGUACUGUGCACCCUGGGUUAUGAGGAGUCUUCUGUAGGAGGCUUGGGAAAGAGAAGUUAUGGGUAUUCGUGUUCUGUAUCCCUAGGAAUAGAUUUUAGGCACGGGAAGGACAGGAAAAGAAGCUGAAACAUGGAAGAGAGGAAGCUGGGUCUUCUGCCCAUGGCAAGUCCAGGGGGACAGGAGAGGGCGAUCUUGGGUCAGAGAGGAGAGCCCAUGUAGAUUCACAGGUGGCCUGGAGGGGAGGGGGACAGCACAAGUGCCUGCCGUGCAGAUGCCCCUUGCCCAGGGUAGCAGGGCCUUCUGAUGAACUUCAUAUCCUAUCCUGAUGCCUCCUCCCUCCAGAACCUUCCACCCCUCCCCUAGCCAGGGGGAAAGGGCCCUUGAGAGUCUCUGUGUACUUUCCAAAGGCAAAUACAAAUAAAUGUGGAGUGUCCUUU